AUGUCGGGGGACGCUGACCCUCCAGCCGCCGCCCAGCACCGCUCGACGGCAUCCGCCGCUCCUCGCAAGAGACGCAAGAGAACGACGGCCGCCGGCGGUGCAGCCGACGAUUGCUUCACCUGCGCAGCGUCCGGCCUGAAGUGCGACCGCCGCCGUCCGUACUGCAGCCAGUGCCUCGACCAGGGCAGAGACUGCGCCGGAUACAAAACCACGCUGACCUGGGGCGUGGGCGUGGCCAGCCGAGGGAAGCUGCGAGGCCUGUCGCUGCCGGUCUCAGACGGCACCGCCAGCCAGCCCAAAUCUGCGCUCAAGGCGCGCAAGCAACUCGACCAUCCUCCUGCUCGCCGCAAGAGAUCUGCCACAGGCUCGCCGUCCAUCGUCACCCCGUCCGAGACCGAGACCGAUCCGUUUGCCGUCACUUCCUCGCCCGUUGAGACCUACCACCAGCCAGUACACUGGCCGCCGCGGGUUUCUCAGCCUCCAUUGGCACUAGACACCUUCCAGCAGGUCAAUGACCACGGCGUUGUGUAUCAUGGACCGGCAGCUAUACAAUUCCCCGCAGAUGUCUUCCCCGCGGCCGAGUUGAGUCCUCAGCAUACGUCGCCGGACGUUCCGAGUUCAGCCUGGGCCGUUCCUUUAACCGCGACAUCGACUUCCUCGUAUCCUGGCUCUAGCAGUAUUCCUUAUGCCCCUGAAUAUCACCAGCCCGACUAUCAAACCGGGUUCUAUACGCUGCCCCCUGCCGUGGCAAGUCACCGGUGUUCGUCUUCUCAAAUCAAACAUGAAAACGAGCUGGAAGAAGAGCAUCUUCUGUCGCUCGUCUAUGAGGAUCAUCAUCCUCAUCAUCGAUAUCCAGUGGCUUCGUACAGGCAGACACAGACUUCGUGGCACUUUACCCAGAGUCCUUUUGCAAAUUCGCUGCCAGACAUGCUCCUGGAACAGUCCGUCGGCCGGACACCGCGAAUGCGGUAUUUGAUUAGCUACUUCGCAGAGGUGAUUGCCCCCGUGAUAGUUGCCUUUGACCGGCCCAGCAAUCCAUACCGCACACGGAUUCUGCGACUGGCACAUCAUAGCGAGACGUUACAGCAUGCCAUUGCAGCGCUGUCGGCGAGUAACAUACGGCAAAGACGAGAAGAAAAGAUUCUCUCCACCGAAAGAACGGAGCAGGCUCGAAAGUCAUCCAUGGCACACCGAGCGCUCACCGAUGCGUCGUUCCAGGAACGACAUGGAAUCAAGGAUCUAGGGACAGAGAACCGCGAAGAAGUCUAUCACAAAUCCGUGGCGAUCAGAUCGCUCAACUCGCUACUUGCAGAUCCCUCGAAGCGACAUAGUGACUCGGUGCUGGCGUCCCUGUUGGUUCUCUGCCUGUUUCACGUGUGUGAAACCGGCGUUGCUCAGUUUCAGACACAAUUUGCCGGCGUCCGGAAACUUCUAGCCAUGAGACAUCGCAACAACAUGGCCGAAUCUGAGGAAGCCAAGUGGUGCACGAGGAUGUUUACAUGGUUUGACGCCAUGACGGCCACCAUCAAUAACCGCGAAGGCCAGUUGCAAGGCCUGUAUCUCGACAAGACCUGUUUGUCUGAUGAAGAAUGGGCCUUGGAGAAUCUGGCCGGUUGCGACGGUCGGCUGUUCAAAAUCAUGGCACGGCUGGGCCGCUUGAAUGUAUUGAGCCAGAAUCGCCCGGUUGAUCCUUCGUAUAACAUCGAUAUGCCGGUUUCCAUGCCUAUUGUGCCUCCGUCGUUAUCCCACUAUCAUGCUGUUCCCAGCGGAAUCCACACAGCGUAUGCACCCUCGUCGUAUGAGAGCCCUCAAACGGCGCACAGCGGAGAUACAACAGAAUUCUGGACGGAAUGGCACUCGAUCCGCCAACAGCUAGAAAGCUGGCGACUCGAUCCGACGACCCUGUUAGCCAGUGGCUACGACGUGAAUAACCUCCCUUUCCAAUCAUCCCCCAACUCAAACGACUCUCUUUCAUCCUCAGGGACUUCCGGAUCCACCAUGGGAUCUUCCCCGACAGCGCCAACUUUGACUGUCUCAUCAAAUAAUCUGGCUGAUCUUUCCAACAUCUCCGAAGCAUUCCGGUAUUCGGCCUUGCUCUACACCGAACGCGUCGCGCAUCCAGAUAUCCCAUCGACCCACACACGCAUUCAGACAUUCGUGAUUACGGCAAUGCAUUACAUUGCCGCAGUCGAAUCAGAUGUGUACCUUCUCUGGCCACUAUUCAUCACAGGCUCGGAAUGCGUCUAUGAAGAGCACCGCGCAGCGAUUCGAAAUCGUUGCAAGGACAUCCAGAAGGACUCUGGUUUUUACAACAACAUCUCAUGUCUCGAAUUACUCGAGAAAAUAUGGGCGCGCAACCCAGCCGUGAGCAGCCAAAAUCGAUAUUCUAUGCCAUAUCAUCCUCAUCCUCAUCCUCAUCCUCAACACCAUUACCAGGAUCUUUAUAUGAAUCAUGGGUACUCGGGCAGUCCCGUCUCGAACAUGCGUGCCCAAACACGAGAUGUUUCACUAUCUUCUGCUCAGGGGUUCGUAUCCGGGCCCAGUCCUCCAGAUGCCCAUGGGUUCAGAUGGCAGAGCAUUAUUGAAGCGGAGGGGGUAGAUGGGGAGUAUAUAGUUGUCUAG